CCUCUCUCUCUCUGCGUGCAUGUGUGCGCAUGUCCGCGGUGCUUGUGUGGAGCUGCAGACCGACAGCAGAGCGGGUCGGAGCCUCAACGUUACCUGAACGAUAUCGGGGCGUUUGGACUCGUUUGUUUUCCGGACCGGACUGAAACGUGUUGCGGGGCUCGAAACUACUCCUCCUCCGGUGUGAACAGACCCCGGUGUGUGUGUGUGUGUGUGUGUGUGUGUGUGUGUGUGGUGGGGGGAGCUGAUUUUCUCUCCGGUUUGUUGCUGUGGAAAUAUCCGCCAGCUUCUUCUUCUUCUUCUUCUUCUCCUGUGAACAUGAGGGACAUCGGACUGAAGCUGUGAGCAGCUCGCCUGACAGACAGACAGACUCCCCGUCAUCAUGCUGUCAUGUUGGCCCCUCCCCUUCCUGCUCGUCCUCUUCGUCCUAGUCCAAUCAACAGUGUUUUCUCUCUUUACUGACAAUGCCACAGAUGAUCUUCAGGAGGUGACUCUGGCAGCCAUCUUGCCUCAAACUAACACUGACUAUGCGUGGGCAUGGCCUCGCGUGGCACCAGCCCUGCACCAGGCGGUGCGGCGGGUGAACUCUGACCCCUCGCUGCUGCCAGGCCUGAAGCUGCAGCUGGUUCACGGCAGUUCCGAGAACCGUGAAGGCUUCUGCUCCGACUCAAUAGCGCCACUGGUCGCCGUUGACCUCAAGUUGUCUCACGACCCCUGGGCCUUCAUCGGCCCCGGAUGCGACUACUCCUCCUCGCCCGUCGCCCGCUUCACCACCCACUGGGACGUUCCCAUGGUGACAGCUGGUGCCCGUGCCAUCGGCUUCGAGCUCUAUGCGGCAGUCACAAACACAGGCCCCACCCACAAGAAGCUGGGUGAGCUGGGUGUGAGGAUCCAGGAGACAUUCGGCUGGCGGCAGCACGCCAUGCUCAUCUUCAGCGACAACAAGGACGCCAAUGAUGACCGCCCAUGUUACUUCGCCGUGGAGGGGCUGUACACGCAGCUCGGGAAGAACAACAUCUCUAUCCGAGACCACGUCAUCAAUGACAACUACAAGUCUGUCAUCCAGGAGAUCCGCGACAACGGCCGAGUGGUGUACCUGUGCUGCUCCUGGGACAUCUUCCGGACCCUGAUGGUCCACUUCUGGAGGGAGGGGCUGCAGCCGGAGGACUACGUCUUCUUCUUCAUUGAUCUGUUUGCUGAGGGUCUGGGGGGGCGGGGCCCCAUCAGGCCCUGGUACCGAGGAGACGGGGAUGACGCGGCGGCCCGUCACGCCUUCAGGAGUGUGAAGGUGCUGUCCUACCUGGAGCCUCAGAAUCCAGAAUAUCUUCAGUUUGUUGAAACUCUGAAGAUUGACGCAAAGAAAAUGUUCAACUUCACCAUUGAGGACUCUCUGUAUAAUCUGAUCGCUGGAGGUUUCCAUGACGGCGUGAUGAUGUACUCUCAGGCUCUGAAUGAGACGCUAAGCGAGCUGAGACCGGGACCAGGACUGGAGGGAAUCCAGCGGCCCAGAGGAGACGUGGUGACCAGGAAGAUGUGGAACAGGACCUUUUCAGGAGUGAUGGGUUCACUGGAGAUGGACGAGUUUGGGGAUAGACAGGUGGACUUUGCUGUGUGGGACAUGACAGAUAUGGAGUCUGGAGAGUUUCAGGUGGUGUGUGUGUAUAACAGCAGUAUAAAACAGCUGGUCAUGCAGAGUGGGCGGAGCUUCCAGUGGCCAGGUGGCUCUCCACCUGCAGACGUCCCAGAGUGUGGCUUCAAGAAUGACAAACCAGCCUGCCUUGCACGUACAGUGACUAUGCAUCAGAUGGUUGCCAUAGUGAUCUGCUUCGUUUUUGUCAUCAUUGUCACUGUGACUGUCUUCAUCUACAGGAAGUUGAAGCUGGAGAGUGAGCUGGCAGCUCAGCUGUGGAGAGUUUCUUGGGACGACAUCCAGAUCAGCAACCUGGAUAAAGUCCUGAGGAGAGCCUGCAGCAGACUCACCAUGUCUCUGAAAGGAUCGACUUGUGGUUCUCUGAUGACGAUGGAGGGAAAUUUCCAAAUCUACACUAAAACUGGAUACUACAAAGGAAACCUGGCAGCCAUCAAGUACAUUAACAAGAAACGGAUCGAACUGGACCGGAAGGUUCUGUUUGAACUGAAACAUAUGCGAGAUGUUCAGAAUGAACACCUGACUCGCUUCAUCGGCAGCUGCAUCGACCCGCCCAAUAUGUGCAUCGUCACAGAGUACUGCCCCCGGGGCAGCCUGCAGGACUUGAUGGAGAGUGACAGCAUCACACUGGACUGGAUGUUCAGAUACUCUCUCAUCAAUGACAUUGUCAAGGGCAUGUUGUUCCUCCACAACAGCGUCAUUGUCUCCCACGGCAACCUGAAGUCAUCUAACUGUGUGGUGGACAGUCGCUUCGUCCUGAAGAUCACUGACUAUGGUCUGCAGAGUCUGAGGACAAGCAGCAGCCCUGAGGACACUCACGCUUACUACGCACGUAAACUGUGGACAGCCCCGGAGCUGCUGAGGACAGAGUGUCCCCCCCUCUGUGGGACGCAGAAAGGAGACGUCUACAGCUUCGGUAUCAUCCUGCAGGAACUGGCUCUGCUCAGAGGAGUCUUCUACCUGGACACACACACGCUGACUCCUAAAGACACCCUUCAGAUGGUGCUUCAGGGUGGUGCCCCCCCCCUCCGCCCCACUCUCUGCUACCACAGUCACAGCGAGGAGCUCGGUGUUCUGAUGCAGCGCUGCUGGAGCGAAGAGCCGAGCGAGAGGCCCGACUUCAACACCAUCAAGAUCCUGCUCAGGAAACAGCACAGGGGUUAUGGUUCAAACAUCCUGGACAACCUUCUGUCUCGGAUGGAGCAGUAUGCCAACAACCUGGAGGAGCUGGUGGAGGAGAGAACGCAGGCGUACCACGAGGAGAAACGCAAGGCGGAGGCUCUGCUGUACCAGAUACUACCACACUCAGUAGCAGAGCAGCUGAAACGAGGUGAGACGGUUCAGGCCGAAGCUUUCGACUCAGUCACCAUCUAUUUCAGUGACAUUGUUGGCUUCACCGCCCUGUCUGCUGAGAGCACGCCUCUACAGGUGGUGACCUUGUUAAAUGACCUGUACACCUGCUUUGACGCCAUCAUCGACAACUUUGAUGUUUACAAGGUGGAGACAAUCGGUGAUGCCUACAUGGUGGUGUCGGGUCUGCCGGUGAGGAACGGGAAGCUCCACGCUCGUGAGGUGGCACGGAUGUCUCUGGCUCUGCUGGACGCUGUCAAGAGCUUCAGGAUCCGACAUCGAGCCAACCAGCAGCUGAGGCUACGCAUCGGCAUACACAGUGGUCCGGUGUGUGCAGGAGUGGUUGGGCUGAAGAUGCCCAGGUACUGUCUGUUUGGAGACACAGUGAACACAGCGUCACGCAUGGAGUCCAACGGAGAGGCUCUGAAGAUUCAUGUGUCCGAGGCGACCCGUCAGGUCCUGCAGGAGUUCAGUUGCUUCCAGCUGCAGCUCAGAGGAGAGAUUGAGAUGAAGGGGAAGGGACGCAUGAGGACAUACUGGCUGCUGGGAGAGGACACCUCCACCUGACAGAGGCGAGGACACCUGAAAGGGGAGAGGAGAGGAUGGAGUGAUGGACACAGACUUAAAGGGAAAGUUCUCGACUUUUCAGAAAAUGUUUCACAUCUUUGUGUGUCGUCAGCACUGGACAGACUGACAGAUGUCAGAGACAACCUCCUCCUCCUCCUCUGUGAUGGGACAUUCACCUCUUACAUCAUGAAAAGGGACAGGAUUUGAACUGAUGACCUCCAGGUGGAUUUUUCAUCCAAGACAAACUGACAGAUGAAUGUUUCACUGUAAAAAUGACAAAAACACAAAUUAACUGUGUUUAUUUUCUUUGUGUUGUUAUUGUUUCAUCUGUAAACUUUCACUUUUUAUUAGGGAUGUCCCGAUCAUGUUUUUUUUUUUACCCCAAUCCAAUCCGAGUCCUUUAAUAUUUAGUGUCUGCCGAGACCAAGCCCCGAUCCGAUACUCAGCCUUAACUCAUAUUUUCCUGGAUAAUACAACUGCAUGAAGAAAAAAAGUAUAUGCAUUCAUUAAUAGUGUUUUUUGUUGAAACAAGGAAAUACUUUCAUACAGCUCUUUCUUAUGCUAUUCCAGCAUCGGCCUCCACCUUCCUUGUGUUAGCAGGUGAGUGUGUGAUGCUGCACUGUGACAGCAGACCCUCGUGUACAGCAGCUGCAGUGUGUGAGACGCAGCCACGCUCGGUGCCUCCAUAUCAUCCACUGCUUUUACAUAUUCUUUAUGUUGUCAUGUAAAAUGACGUGGAUGCGUUGCUUGUCUAUAUCACGCGUUCAGCAUCUCCUCAACUGCCUGUUUUACAUGAUCUGCUGUAUGAGACCCACCAAACUGGUGCAUAUACCAGCACACUGUAACUUGACAGUGAAAGAAAUGUGAUGUAAUGCAGAGAUGGUAGGGCAUACCAAGGAUUCAAAAACCCUGACCCUCUACCACAGAGAUGAGCUGGUUAUCCAGAGCGAUUCAUUUAAUGACCUGCUCUGUAAUAUUUGUGGCCAUGUCACUGGCUCGAGGGUAUUUCUCCUUUUGAAAGUAUCCGCAAGUGUUUGCUGUUUCAUUGUCUUUUUUCUGUACUCUCGAGUGAACUUGUUGUAUUCUUUGAGUGUUUGUUUUUUAUUUACCGUAUCAAAUGUGUAGUAUUAGUGCAGCUCUUUUAUCCCCCCCCCACGCAAAACGGUCGUAUUGCAGAUGUUACAUAUUGCCGUUGGACUACUUUCACUCUCUAAUUUAAGUUAUUUCCAUACUGCAGACAUUUUAUCCACAGGUUUGCCAGAGUAACGUUAUGCACACAUCUGCGUUCUGCCAAAAAUUGUGCUCUGACGUAAAAAAAAGAAAAUAAUAUUGGGCUUGGGCCCACGUUUUAAAUUCAACCAAUAGUGCCACUGCAGCAAAGUGAUGUUGGACAGUCUGACUCUGUACCACCACAUAACAGUGAUAAAAAACAUCCGAUUCCGAUCGAGUCUGAAACCACGUGAUCAGCCCCGAUCGCCGAUCACAUGAUCGGAUUGAGACAUCCCUAGUUUUUAUAGAUUAUUGGAAACUCCACCAAGUGUUCAGUGUUCAGAGUCUCUGAACCUCAUUAACAUCUGGGAGAUAAUCUGUAACAUCUGGGAGAUAAUCUGUAAAUUGUGUAAUCUGUAAAAAUUAAACUCCACCAAAUCGAGUACUGCAAUAAAGUACUGCAAUAAUACACUGAGAAAAGAUUAAAUAAUCACUCAGAUGUUGUUUCCACACAACUAUUAAAUAUUGGUGAUGUUUGUUAUUAAUAAACAGGCAGUGAUGAAAUGUAA